CUUCUUCUUCUUCUUCAUCAUCUCCUCCUCCUCCUCCUCCUCCUCCUCCGCUCCAGCUGCGCGGCCCCGAGCCCAGGCGCUAUGGCCCUGGACGGGAUAAGGAUGCCAGAUGGCUGCUACGCGGACGGGACGUGGGAACUGAGCGUCCACGUGACGGACCUCAACCGAGACGUGACGCUGCGAGUGACGGGGGAGGUCCACAUCGGAGGGGUCAUGCUCAAGUUGGUGGAGAAGCUCGAUGUCAAAAAAGAUUGGUCGGACCAUGCCUUAUGGUGGGAGAAGAAGAGAACGUGGCUUCUCAAAACUCACUGGACUUUAGACAAAUAUGGUAUACAAGCUGAUGCUAAACUCCAGUUCACACCUCAACACAAACUGCUCCGCCUCCAGCUUCCCAACAUGAAGUACGUGAAGGUGAAAGUGAACUUUUCCGACCGAGUCUUCAAAGCUGUUUCUGACAUCUGCAAGACUUUUAAUAUCCGACAUCCCGAAGAGCUCUCGCUCUUGAAAAAACCCAGAGAUCCCACAAAGAAGAAAAAGAAAAAACUAGAUGACCAGUCGGAAGAUGAGGCACUUGAACUAGAGGGACCAUUGAUUACGCCUGGAUCGGGCACUGAUGUUCUUUACAUUGGCCCUCUGAAAGGAAGCAUAUAUUCGAGCCCAGGACUCUACAGCAAGACAAUGACGCCAACUUACGACGCUCACGACGGCAGCCCCUUAUCGCCAACGUCGGCUUGGUUCGGAGACAGCGCUCUAUCAGAAGGCAACCCCGGCAUACUCGCCGUUAGCCAGCCAAUCACGUCGCCGGAAAUCCUGGCCAAAAUGUUCAAGCCACAGGCGCUCCUCGAUAAGGCAAAAAUCAACCAAGGGUGGCUGGAUUCCUCGAGGUCCCUCAUGGAGCAAGAUGUGAAGGAAAACGAGGCCUUGCUGCUCCGGUUCAAGUAUUACAGCUUUUUCGAUUUGAAUCCAAAGUACGAUGCCAUCAGGAUCAACCAACUUUAUGAGCAGUCCAAGUGGGCCAUUCUUCUAGAAGAAAUUGAAUGUACAGAAGAAGAAAUGAUGAUGUUUGCAGCCCUGCAGUAUCACAUCAAUAAAUUAUCCAUCAUGUCAUCAGAAAAUCAUUUGAACAACAGCGACAAAGAAGUUGACGAAGUCGAUGCGGCCCUUUCCGACUUGGAGAUUACUCUGGAAGGGGGUAAAACAUCAACCAUUCUGGGUGACAUCACUUCCAUUCCUGAACUUGCUGACUACAUAAAAGUUUUCAAGCCAAAGAAGCUGACCCUCAAAGGUUACAAGCAGUACUGGUGUACCUUCAAAGACACAUCUAUUUCGUGCUACAAAAGUAAGGAGGAAUCCAGUGGGACCCCAGCUCACCAAAUGAACAUGAGAGGAUGCGAGGUUACUCCUGACGUAAACAUAUCUGGCCAGAAAUUUAAUAUUAAACUCCUAAUUCCGGUGGCGGAGGGGAUGAAUGAAAUCUGGCUUCGUUGCGACAAUGAGAAGCAGUACGCCCAUUGGAUGGCAGCCUGCCGAUUGGCCUCCAAGGGCAAGACCAUGGCCGACAGCUCAUACAAUCUGGAAGUUCAGAACAUUCUCUCCUUCCUGAAGAUGCAGCAUUUGAACCCAGACCCUCAGAUAAUAACCGAGCAGGUCACAACGGAUAUCAACCCCGAAUGCCUGGUGUCUCCUCGCUACCUAAAAAAAUACAAGAAUAAGCAGGAAAAAGGAUGCAAAAAGCAGAUGCCAGGCUAUAUAAGAGACUUGAUCACAGCAAGAAUCCUGGAGGCCCAUCAGAAUGUAGCUCAGAUGAGUCUCAUUGAAGCCAAGAUGAGGUUUAUUCAAGCUUGGCAGUCUUUACCGGAAUUCGGCAUCACACAUUUUAUUGCAAGGUUCCAAGGGGGUAAGAAAGAAGAACUGAUUGGCAUCACUUACAACAGACUAAUCCGCAUGGACGCCAGUACCGGAGAUGCAAUUAAAACGUGGCGGUUCAGCAACAUGAAACAGUGGAACGUCAACUGGGAAAUCAAAAUGGUGACGGUGGAGUUCGCCGACGAGCUACGGCUGUCUUUCAUUUGUACCGAGGUGGAUUGCAAAGUGGUCCACGAGUUCAUCGGCGGCUACAUCUUCCUGUCAACACGCGCAAAAGACCAAAACGAAAGUUUAGACGAAGAGAUGUUCUACAAACUUACCAGUGGUUGGGUGUGAGUUGUGCGGUGUAAAAGGAAACUCCAUGGCCAUAGCGAUAUUUAACUACCAAGGCUGUUAUUUGAAAUAUGCUGCUUAAUAAAGUAAGCUUGACAAUGUAUCCUUUUAUCAUGGGAAUUCUUUGCAUUACCAGACCAGUUAAUACGUGCACUAACAGGCACUUCCAUUAAUCUGCUACCGUGAUACAGUAUGUGGCAAGUUCUGCUUAUCUUAAGACCAUGGAACUCGGAGGUGAUAGGCAAAAUCAGGAAUCAAAUUGGACUGAUUGAAGCUAGCGAAACUGCAAGCAAUCCAAGCCAUUUAUUGUGACACUGUCCAGGGCUUAAACUAUAUGAAGUCUAUUUAUCGUAUUUAAUGCAUGUGUUUUAUUUUAUGUGUAAAUUUGACCUCAUGUUUAGCAGACCUCCUCCCCUCUGGUAGCUGUUUGAUCUUUAUUUUCACACUACAUAAAUCAGGGCUUCUGCAGAGGCCUGGAAUGCUGAAGUUUCAUUGUGUCUGAGAUCUUGAAGGGUGUGAUCUUUAGCCCGUUAUAACUUUGUUCAUUUCUGUUUGUCUUAUGUCUUAAUAAUCAUUUCUAUUAUUUCAUGUUUUUAUUUUAUUUUGACACCAUAUUGUAUUACAAACACUCGUAGUAUUCACCAGCAUAUUCACCGUCUGCCUAAGAAGCAGCUUUUGCAUUUACAAAAAUGAAGUAAAGGUUUAUGAAGUAUGCGUAUUGUGUAACUAAUGUACAAACACAAAUUUUAUAAAAACUGUACAGUUUUUGUUUUUCAUUUUUUGUUUUUUGUUUUUUUUUGAAACUAGCCUCACAAGGGAGAGAUGCCUAGAUUUAGUGUUUCAGCAUUAGUUUGUAAGGCUUCUGAAAGCUGGCUACCCAUUUAGGAAAAAUCCGGGGCAAUACAAUCAGAUUGUACUUCAGCCAAGUGAGGUGCGACUUUGUCGCAACCAGUUCGGAAAAUGCCACAGUGUCCUUAAUCCGACGAUGUCAGACGGCCUGAGCCAGCCUGUCAGGCUCUUGCCCUCUGCAUUGGUGCUAGUGAGGUAACCCCCAACCUUGGCAACCCCAAAAGGGAAGCGGGAAGGGCAGGUUACCAGCGUUGUCCAGUAUGUUUCGGUUUAAAAACUGUAAAAAUGCAUUUUAUUUUAAAUAAAAGUAAAACCUUUUAUUUAA